AUGUCUGCAGACGAAUCCAUGCGGGAUGGCAGUGUGCCGGUGGAGCAGAUGGAUGAUGAAGGCCGAUCGGUAGAAAGAAUGAUGACAGGCUAUCUCUCAGAGGAAGAAAUGGAGGAUCUCACUACAUCCGUGGACAUGAUGGAGGUUAGCAGUCCACCGCAGGAGAUGGAAGACGACAACCCAUCGGAACAGGAUAUGGACUACCUUUUUGAGCCACUACCGACGUAUAUCCUGUACCCACUGAUCCAAGCCAUGGGGAAGGAGAGUGUCUACCGUGCGUUCGAUCGCUGUGAGCCCGUACGCGAGGAGUUCAACACACAGGUGAGAGACAAAGUAUUGAACGACAUGAUGACAUACGAUGCGCCGGCGGGAUACAAUCCUCACGAGCAGACCGACUUCAGCAGCAAGUGGUGGUAUCAAUACAUCAGCUCCGGGGCUCCCGUACAGUUCAUCUUGGACGCCAUUGACAGUGGGGACGAACAGGCCGUCAGACGCUGGCUCGACGGUGAGAUGGUUGACAAUAAUGCCAACCCCGAGGAUAGCUCCACGAUGGCCAAUCUCACCCUGCAGUUUGGCCAGCUUUCCGUUGCCAACCUCCUGCGAAGCCGUCGCGCCGAGGUCAAUAAUGGCUACCCGGGGAACAUGACGGAUCUGGAUCACAUCUUCUGGGAUCCCUUCCUGCUGAAAAUGGGGCGGCACGAACUGAUGCGCGUUAUGCAGCUGUUGAUUGGUGUUGGAGAACAUUUUACCCGCCUUGAAGUCAUGGUUGCUCUGCUCCGGAACCCGGAUGCCCGUCAGCUGCUGAGCAAAGCCGUUGUCAAUGAUCAGGGCAUCCUGGAUCUGAGGAACCGCACGGGGUACACGGUGCUCCACAUGGCGGCAGGGUAUGGCACUCUGGACUGCUGCCGUGAUCUAGUCGAGCAGGCCCCCUGGCUGCUGACUGCUGAAAGCUGCGAAGGUGUCACUCCCCUGCAUGUGGCAAUAAUCCAGGGCAAUCAAGACACGGCACUGUAUCUCAUCGAAGGGGGGACGCUCCUGCAGAGAUCCACGUUCUGUGUGUAUACAGAAGCGUUCAUGGCCUGUGUUAUGAAGAAAAAGCGUGUUGUCCGCGAACUACUUCACGCACGACACUGGGACGCCUAUAGCAAGGCUCAAUGGGGGUCGGAUGCACAGCUUGGAUCCAUCGUAAGCUACCGCUCUUACGACGAUACGCUGGGAACGUGUAUUGACGGUGCACUCGGAGAGCAUAGAAUACACUGGCCCUCAUACAGAAACCAGCUGGUUGCAAAGCUACGUGACAUUGCUUACCACGGGAUCCGCUUUGAUCGGGGGAAUUGGUGAAUCGACGCCCGGUCCCCGAGUACGGUUCCACUUUGAAGCUUUUUUUUUUAGCCCCCGGCCAUUGAUAUCGA